AUGUCGACCCCAGCCCGCGCCUCGGCAGCCCUCAAGGCCCGCGUCCGGAGGCCAACCAUGUUGAACAAGGUCUGCCACCCCGAAGAAAUGCUCCACCACUUCCCCAACGGCGCCUACAUCGGCUGGUCCGGUUUCACCGGUGUGGGAUACCCCAAGAAAAUCCCCACCUUCCUGGCCGACCACGUCGAGAAGAACAACCUCCAGGGCAAGCUCCGGUACAGCCUUUUCGUGGGCGCCUCGUCCGGCGCGGAGACGGAAAACAGGUGGGCCGGCCUCAAGAUGAUUGAGCGCAGGAGCCCCCAUCAGGUCGGCAAGGCCAUUUCCAAGGGCAUCAACAACGGCGAGAUCAACUUUUUCGACAAGCACUUGUCCAUGUUCCCCGUUGAUCUAGUCUAUGGGUUCUACACGAGGGACAGGCCAAACAAGAACAUUGACGUCGUGGUCGUCGAGGCCACGGAUAUCCUCGAGGAUGGUAGCAUCGUACCCGGUGCCUCUGUCGGCGCCACUCCCGAACUCGUGCAAAUGGCUGACAAGCCCUACCUCAUCAUGGGCGUCGAGGACCGCAUCGGCCGCACCUCCAUCCCCGUGGACCCGGAAAAGGUCGUCGGCAUCAUCGAGUCCGACUACCCGGACGCGACCUCGCCCAACACCCCCGCCGACGCCAAGUCCGAGGCCAUCGCCGGACACCUCAUCGAGUUCUUGGAGCACGAGGUCGCGCACGGCCGCCUGCCCAAGUCUUUGCUCCCGCUGCAGUCGGGCAUCGGCAACGUCGCCAACGCCAUCAUCGGCGGCCUCAACAAGUCCAACUUCUCCAACCUCAAGGUGUGGACCGAGGUCAUCCAGGACACGUUUCUCGACCUCUUCGACUCGGGCAAGCUCGACUUCGCCACCGCGACCUCGAUCCGCUUCUCUCCCGAGGCGUUUACGCGCUUCUACGAUAACUGGGAAAAGUACCACAACAAGCUCCUGCUCCGCUCCCAGCAGGUGUCCAACUCGCCCGAAAUCAUCCGCCGCCUCGGUGUCAUCGGCAUGAACACCCCCGUCGAGGUCGAUAUCUACGCCCACGCCAACUCCACCUGCGUCAUGGGCUCCCGUAUGCUCAACGGCCUCGGUGGCUCCGCCGAUUUCCUCCGCAGCGCAAAGUACUCCAUCAUGCACACUCCCUCGACUCGCCCCUCCAAAACCGAUCCCGAUGGCGUCUCUUGCAUUGUCCCCAUGUGCACCCACGUCGAUCAGACCGAGCACGACCUCGACGUCGUCGUCACCGAGAACGGUCUCGCCGACGUGAGGGGCCUCAGCCCCCGCGAGCGCGCCCGCGUCAUCAUCAACAAGUGCGCCCACCCCGAGUACCAGCCGAUCCUCAAUGCCUAUCUCGACAAGGCCGAGUACGAGUGCCUCAGGAAGGGCAUGGGCCAUGAGCCUCACCUCCUCUUUAACUCGUUUGAUAUGCACAAGGCCCUCCAGGAGCAAGGUAGCAUGAAGAAGGUCAAGAGCUGGUAA